AUAAAUCCAAAACGGUGCGUUUGGUACGCGACUUCUUUCUUUCAGUUACUAAACCCUAGUUCCUUCCAUCCCUUGAAUCUUAAACCCUGCUAGCACCUCUCUCUCGUCCUUCUCUUUCACUUAGAGAAACAAGAGAUGGACACGGACGGAAAUUCGGGAGACGCGUCGAGGGUGGUCCAUGUGCGCUUCAUCACGAAGCUCGACCGUCCUUUCAAAGUUCCAAAUUCCUCCAUUUCCGUCGCCUCCAAUUUCACCCGAUUUGGCCUAUCCAGCGUCGUUAACAAUCUUAUCCAAACAGAGAAUCCUGAUUGGGAAGUGGAGCCUUUUGAUUUUCUUAUCAAUGGCGAGCUGGUUCGGAUGUCGCUUGAAAACUUCCUUCUUGCCAAGGGCAUUUCUGCGGAAACAAUAUUGGAAAUUGAAUACAUACGGGCUGUAGUUCCACGCAAAGAAGAAGAACCUUCGUUACAUGAUGACUGGGUCAGUGCAGUUGAUGGUUCUAGUCCCAGGUUUUUUUUGACAGGGUGCUAUGAUGGUUUAGGAAGGGUAUGGAAAGCUGCUGGUGUAUGUACACACAUACUGGAAGGACACAGUGAACCUGUUUCUUCUGUUAGCAUAAUCAAUCCAGAAGGUGCAGAUAGUGUUACCGUAGCUACUGCUUCGAAAGACCGGACACUUAGACUGUGGAAGUUCAAUGCAGAAGAUACCAGAAGAAAUCCUUUGAAGAUAAACGCAUUCAAAAUUUUGCGUGGACAUAGAGCAUCUGUUCAAAGUGUUGCUGCUCAGACCUCUGGAAACAUGAUCUGUUCAGGCUCUUGGGAUUGCACAAUCAAUUUGUGGCAGACAAAUGAGCCAGUUUCAGAAGGUGACACUGUAUCAACAAAGAAGAGAAAAACCACUGGUCAAGCUAAGGAAUCUCAGUCGGAGGGGGAGGCUGUUUCUUCUCUAGUGGGCCACACACAAUGUGUAUCUUCUGUAAAGUGGCCGGAGCGUGAAAACAUAGUAAGUGCAAAUAGAUUUUUUCUUACCUCUCUGUUGUCUGAAUUCUGUGGUAAAGCCCUCAACUGUCUUGAUAUUGGAGGUGAAAGUUCCGCUCUUGUUGCUGGUGGUGGUUCUGACCCUAUUCUUAAGAUAUGGGAUCCUCGUAAACCAGGAACUUCUGCUCCUGUCUAUCAAUUCUCAUCUCACACUUCUUGGAUUACGGCAUGCAAGUGGCAUGAGAAGUCUUGGUUUCAUUUAAUUUCUGCAUCUCAUGAUGGAAAAGUUAUGCUGUGGGAUUUGAGAACUGCUUGGCCCUUAUUUGUCAUUGAUGCGCACAAAGACAAGGCACUAUGUGCUGACUGGUGGAGAGGUGAUACUGUGCUUAGUGGUGGGGCAGAUUCAAAGCUUUGCAUGACUUCUGGGGCUUCUGUGCUGUGAGAGCUAUAAGCAGAAGAGUGAUUUGAAGAUGGAAGUUGCAUAGCUGGGAACAUCCUCAAAGCUCUCUCCGCAUUUCUCAUGAUCUUCUGGAAAUGGUGGUGCGAAUAGGGAAGUCUAAGUUUGCAUCUAGGGGAGGUUUGAACAAGGGUUUAGGUGCUCGGUUGUCUCAUGGCCGGAGCCGGAGAUAUAUAGUUUCAGAGCUAAUUUUCAGUCCAUGGCACACUAUGGUUGUAGCAAAUAGAACAGGCUUUACCUCUUUAUACGUGAUCGUGGUCUGGACUCUUGAGAGUAAUAUUCAUUCAUCAUGGAUCCGCUCCAUGCACAAUUGCAUGAUUUAUCUUAUAUUCCUUGGUAAUUUUAUGUUUUAUCGAAGUUCGCUUGUA